CCCCUGCAGCCAUUCAUAUAGAGGCAUUCACAGUCCGUGCACGGAGCCAGAGAGCAGAGGAUGCAGGAGCAGCAGCAGCAGCACACACUGACUAACGGAGUGUGUGUGCAGGAGGACAAACUGAGGCUCCUACCAACAAACUGUGUUAAGAGAGGUGAAAGAAAUCCGGCCAGUGCUCGGUAUACAGAGGAGGCGUUCUCUGCGGCGCACCUCCAUCCUUCUUCAGGCUGCGUGUAUCAGGUGUCCACGCUGCACAGAGGAGGAUCUGCAGUUUCUACACUGUGAAUGAGGAGGAGAGGUGAUGUCUCAAGAGAAUAACUGUUGCAGAGUUUGCAGCAGGGGCUUGUAUAGCUGCCACUGGAAGGAACCGAGUGAAAACAAGAGAAAACAUGCAUGCUGCUGGGUCUCGGUCGUCACGUUGGCCUCCCUGCUCUCUCUCUGCUGGAUGUACAUUUGUCUGGUUACUUUUAAUGACCGAGAGGAUGUUAACUGGCAGGGCUUCACAAAACUGAAACGGUGGGUGAACUGGUUCAUGGUGCUGAUCAUCGUUUCUGCAGUGAUAACCAGCUACUGCGUUCUGCUGCUGCUCUUUGCACUGUUCCAAGUCGCCUUAAGAGAACAACUCGACUUACACUGGCUGCACAAGAUCUUCGUAUUCUUUGGUGUGAUAUUCAUCGCUUUCGGGGUCGUAGGAAUUAGCCUCCAGUGGGAACGAGAAUGGCCAACUGUUCCUCUUUCACUCCAGGCCACAGGUCCUUUCUUGCAGUUUGGUGCUGUUGGAGCGUUGACGCUGCUGAGUCCUUUUGUCUUCCGGGGCUUCAACAAGGCCAAAACUGCAGGGUCUAGAGCCGUCAUCGCAUCGGCCUUUGUCGUGGUGUCAGCUGCCAUCUUCCUGUGUCCCCUGUUCAUCCAGUCUCCCUGUCUGCUGAGUGUACUGCCUGAAAAACCUAAGCUCAUUGGCCACAGAGGAGCCCCGAUGCUGGCUCCGGAGAACACCAUGAUGUCGUUCGAAAGCAGCAUCAAAUGCGGCGUGACGGCCUUUGAGACCGACGUGCAGAUCAGUAAAGACAAAAUUCCCUUCUUGAUGCACGACAACAACUCAGAGUUUCUGUUGAGAACGACGAACGUGAAGGAGAAGUUACCCGACAAACUCUCAAGCUCCAGUCACAACCUAACGAUGGAGGAGCUGCAGACUCUGAACGCAGGCGAAUGGUUCCUAAAGACGGAUCCUUUCCAUUCGGUGUCCCAGCUCUCAGAGGACGAGAGGAAAACUGCUGGGAAUCAGACCAUACCCUCUUUACUUCAGCUGCUCGUCCUCGCCCAGCAGCACAACAUCUCAGUGAUAUUCGACCUUUACAGUUCCAGCCCGAAAAAUGACAUCAACCACACAGUCAGCACCAUCCUGGGUUCUGGCAUCGACCCACGCCUGAUCCUCUGGCUUCCUGAAAGAAAGGCUGUGAACUCGACUGCUCCAGGUUUCAUCCAGGUCUAUAACAAUGAAACUGACAUGUUCGACAAAGGAGGAAACCACCUGAAUGUGAAAUACAGCGGUUUGAGUACAGAAAGAAUCAGAGAACUGCGGGAGGACAACGUUACCGUGAACCUGUGGGUGGUGAAUGAGCGAUGGCUGUUUUCUCUGCUGUGGUGUGCAGGGGCAAGCUCCGUCACCACCAACUCCUGCCACCUCCUAAAAGAAAUGACAGGACCUGACUGGGUCAUGGCACAUCUCACAUACACAAUCGCAUGGAUCGUAGUGGAUGUUUUAUCCUUUCUGAUAAUGACGGGGCUCUUCAUCUGUCAGAGGAAAACACACGUGUUGUGUCCCAGGAGAGGAAAAGAGACGCAAAGAAACAAUACUCCUGCCUGGAGCGAUAAAGAACGUUAUCCCUUCAUACCAACCGUGAAGACGGACGAAGGGACGAACUGACCCCAGCCCCUGGAACCGCUGGAGCUGUUUGACUCUGAAUCAGGGACAAAACAAGUUACUGUGAAUCAUCAGACACUGUUUUCUGAAGCCAUGACAGUUGUUUUUUACAGACAUUCUAAGCUGUGAUUUAAAUGUCAGCACUACACCACUAGAUGGCAAUUUGGGUUUUUUUGUUGUCUGUAUGAGUCUGGCUGCUUAACUGGGUUUAUGGUUCACAGGCUGAAUAUUCUUCUGUUGCAACUGAAAUGUUUUUCCUCUCUGUGUGUAUCACUGAUGUGCAGAGUCCAUCUGCACUGAUUUGUAUUUUUCUUGACACCUUAUGUUCUUGUGUUUUUCUAUUGUUCUUUUGACUUGUUUCAAUAUUUUCUAUGCUGUCAGCACUGCAGGAAAUGUGCCAUAACUAGAGUCUUGUGUAUUUGACCUUUGGCUGUGUGAACUACUGAUUGUUUGUUUAUUUGUUUGACAUAUGAUAAUGUAAAAUGCCAGACAGGUAUUAAACCACCAAGAAUAAUCUGAUGAUGAUGUUUUUAAAUGACAAAUUGUGUUUAUUUAGAGAUUGAUGCAUAAUUUAAUCUCGAUUCAGUGGUGGAAAGUGAAUUUACAUGCACAUUGGUUCAUCAGGAUUCUAUGGAUGCAAAUUACUUUUGCAUAGGAAAUUUUAAAUCCUUUAAUGAGUAUAAAAAUACACACACUGUUAACUUAAAACACCCAACAGAGUCUCAAAUUGUUACAUUUUACUCUUCUACAGUCAGGUACAUUAUUCAAAUGCUGCGUAUGUGUCAGAGAAAUGUCUCCUAUGUUUUAUUAAAGUGCUUCAGUUUUUUGUUUGGAAAGUUAUGUAAUGUUUGUAAAGAUGUUGUGCCAUCAAAGAAAUAUAAUUUUUUUUAAUCAA